CAUAUUCGGCUCAGGCCCUCCCCCCAACGUCCCAUCCCCUUCCCUCUUUUCCCCCAUUUCUUCACUUUCCCAGGCACCAAACCCCCCAAAUCUCAACCGCCCUUUCCCUUCCACUUUGCGCCACCUCAAGUGUGAGAAGAAAAUAAACUCCACCAAACACCAGCACCUUUUUGCCUCUCGCCAGCGAAGAGACAAUUCCCCAUCGUCGCGUCAAAGCAGCACUUGAUUACAGCGCCCAUCGGCCCUAAAUCCUCUCAACCUCACCACAACCACCAACAACACAACCAUCACAAUGCCUCGCCCCUCAAAGAAGGCCCUCGCCGCCACCCCCAGCGCUCCCGUCGCUGCCGUUGCCGUCGCGCCUGCUCAGCCCGUGCAGCCCCUCCAGAUCCCCCAGAGACACAUUGAUGUCGAAGGUUUCAUUCGCGUCCGCGACUCGGUUCACCAGCGCCUCAUCACCAUCCUGGAGUUGAUCAAGAACUUCUCCGAGGACUACUACCGCCAGACCAGCCUGCUUCUCGGCGACCCUGCCCAUGAGGGUAUCCCGGGCAUUGACCACCCUAUGGCCACCUUGGAGCACGCCGCCCAGAACAUUGCUCCCCUGGCCCUUGGUCUCCAGCCCGCUUACCACCCUGCCCCUGUUGAGGAGAAGAAGGAGCGCAAGAAGCGCACCCACGACCCCAAUGCUCCCAAGCGCCCCCUGACUCCCUACUUCCUGUACAUGCAAACCGCUCGUCCCAUAAUCGCCAACGACCUCGGUGAUGCCGCCCCCAAGGGUGCUGUUCAGGAAGAGGGUCAGCGUCGCUGGAAGGCCAUGAACGCUCAGGAGAAGGCCGGCUGGAACAGCGCCUACCAGUACAACCUCCGCCUCUAUCAGGCUCGCGUCCACGCCUACAAGCAGGGUGGCAACCUUGAUGCCAGAAACAUGGACGACGAUGUCGCACUCCGCUACGCCGAUGAGCACAGCAUCCAGGUCAACUCUGUUGAUGUUGUUCCCGAUGUCGAGGAUGCCAUCGCCGAGCAGCUUAACCAGGCCAACACCGUCGAUGCUCCUGGUGAAGAGGAAGAGGAGGAGGAAGUCCCUGCCCCCGUCAAGACCCCUAAGAAGCCCGCCUCUACCCGCAAGCGCAAGACUGCCACCCCCGCUGCCGAGCCCGAGGCCAAGGCCGCUGCCACUCCCGCAAGCCCUGACAAGAAGCGCCGCCGCACAUCUACCAAGGCCGCUGACGCCACCGAGUCGGCGGAGCCUGCCAAGAAGGGCAGAGCGAAGAAGGGCAAGAACUAAGCGUUUUGCUUCUUUCAACCCCACCCUUCUUCUAGCCUUUUCUUUUCUUGUUUCUAGGUUUCUGGGUUUUUGCAAAGAUGAUACCUCGUUGCGCGGCAGCUUGUCGUCGAUCCUCCCCCCCCCUUUUUUUUCUUCUUCGCUGUCCAUAUGUUGGCGCAGAUAUACUGGGGGGUUAGGGAUUCUGGACUGGAGGGAAAAAAAAGGAAGGACCACAUCUACUUCGGUCCUCGGUCGUUGCGUGUACUGCGCUGCGCACGCGGUGUGUAUGAUUUCACAAGGCGUGCGGUAUUGGGAUGGUUUUCCAACGGAUAUGUGCGUGUGUGUGAGAGGAUACAAACCGCCUCAACUUGAGGUGGGCGGUUUAUGGAUCCAAUGGGCUUUCGGUUUGGGCUGGCUUUGCUUGUUUUCAGUUAGUCCUGUAUGUAUAAUGAUGGACAUGAGAAUCAACAAUCUUGAUUUUUAACAUUGA